AUGGAUGUGGAAAUGGCUAAAGAGACCGGAGCUUUGAUCUACUUGUUCAACGUUCAGCCACCUUCAGCUGUUAAGAGGCAGGCUGAACAAGACGGCGUUCGCAUAGAAUUAUUCAACGUUAUUUAUCGACUCGUAGAAGCAUUAAAGGAUGAGUUGUCUCAGCGAUUACCAACGUUAACUGAAAUGGAACUCGUUGGAGAAGGUCAUGUGCUGAAGGUGUGA